AGCACAGCCACAAGAAACCAGCCACACGGCUACAUUGACUCCGGGCGGACCACUAACAUGAACACAACCAAUUCUCCAACUCCACCCUACCUGGGAUCAGCAACACAGCAGAGCGGUUCACCUGGGCUACAUGGCUCAUGGCAGUGUUCCUGGCUUCACUUAUAGGGGACACCACCAUACUAAUCGCUUCAAUCAAGUACCAGGCCUUCAAACUUCAUCCUGUUAUCGUGAUAUUUAUACAGCACAUUGCAGUCUGUGAUCUUAUCAUGUCGCUGGUGGUCGUGAUGACUCAAAGCGUUUCUUUGAUAGCUGGUAAAUGGGUCUUUGGACCAGGAGUUUGUUAUGUGAGACCCUACAUCAGUUUCUACUGCACUGCAUUAAGCUUGCUACUGAUAUGUGCUAUGACUGUGAUUAAACUGAUUAUCGUGAAGAACCCUCAGAAAUCUAAAUGUUGGUCGGGAAAACAUGCCCACACACUUUGUGCGGUACUAUGGACUUUGUCACUUUAUGCUCCAGCAACAUUCCUUCUGAUAGAUAGCGGAGAUGUUCAUUAUGAUAACAGAUUGUACACCUGCUUCUAUACCUUCACAUCUACUGAGUGGAACUUGCUGAGACCCAUUAGUUUGAUAAUAUUCUCCCUAAUACCUACCCUCAUCACCAUCACAGCGUCAGCUCUAUUGAUAAAACACUUGUUGUUCGCUAGAAAAGUAGCCCGACUCUCACAAAGCCAUGCUCCCUGGCAGGGUAUCGUUACAGUGGUUCUCACAGCUGCAGUUUACUGCCUGUCUUUCCUGCCUAUUUCUGCCUAUUUAGUGGUGAAACCCUUAGUGAAGGACGAACUGUCACGUGUUUAUAUCUCCAGAGUUACAGAUACUUUGAAGUAUCUUAAUGUUGUGGCGAAUAUCUUCAUAUACACUCUUACUGUCGGGAGUUUUAGGGCCUUCUUAAGAACAAGAAUGCAGAUGGCAGCUGUCUUUAUUUCGCGUUUCUUCUCUAAAAAUGGACAAUCAGACGCAGUAUCGCAAACAGAAAACCCCCGAGGAUCAGGAUGAACUCAGAACACUCACCAAACUGAGUGUUGAUUCUCUGCCAUGAGCUGACUGUAGCAUGACGGCUAUCAAGAGCACAGGGACACGAUCACAAAUUUUAUAAAGUAACAAAUUUGGAUAUGAUUUGAUACGUCAUUUAAAUUUUAAUAUUAAUCUAUUAUAUCAUUGAGUUUCAAAGAAAUCUUUUCGGCUUGGAAAUUAGUAAAUAGAUCAUUUGUGCGCUCAGGCUUUAAAUUUGGCCAACACCAUUAUUUAAAUUUGAGAACAUGUACAAUCGUAAUAUAACGUGACUACUUAUUCAUUAAAUUGCAUCUAAAGAUGUCUCCGUAAGACUAAUAUAAUAAGAGAAAUUCUGAAAUACAAUGAUGAUAGUUGUAGUCGUAGAACUAAAUAUGAGUUUUCAUGGCAUUUGCUCGAAAUCUGCUCGAAAAAAGUCACAAGAACAAAAGAUAUCCAGCUAUGAAAUCCUCAAAUACGGGUCAAAUUUGAUUAUAUACAAUAAAUAUGAAGUUUUUGGAAAAAUUAAGCCAUGCCUAACUUAGUUUGAAGGUGCUAAAAACUCUAAUUAGCGCUAAAAACAUUAGACGUCCACCACCUGCCAGGUUAACCCGGCUGCACCAUCAGAGUAUAAAUACACCCUACUCCUCAACUAAUCCACCACUAUUCGACACAUCAUCUCAACAUGAAGGUUCUCAUUUUCCUGACUCUAGCUGGCCUCGCCGCUGCUAUCGACUACGAGCAAGUACUCCAGUCUCCUGGAGAACUCAAGAAUCUGUUCAAUGAGUUUAAUGUUAAGUUUGGCAAGGCUUUCUCUCCCUCUGAGGGACCCAUGAGAAUGAGGCUGUUCAGGAACGAUCUGAAGCAGAUUGUCAGACUCAACAAGGAACACGAGUGGGUCUCAGGAAUCAACCAGUUCACAGCCAUGACAGUUGCUGAGAAAGAACAACACCUCGGAUUGAACAUCUCCCUCUCUGCCCCCGCCUCGGAGGAGAAACUUGCCCACUGCCCCCACUGCCCUAGAGCUUCUGCCAAGGACUGGAGGAAGGAAGGCAAGGUUGCUGCUGUUAAGAACCAAGGUGGAUGUGGAUCUUGCUGGGCUUUCUCUGCUGUCGGAGCUGUUGAAACCAACUAUGCUAUCCAGACAGGAAAAAGGAAGCAGUUCGCUGAGCAAGAGUACCUAGACUGUACCUACAGCAGCAGCAGAGACGGAUGCAAGGGAGGAUGGUACCACGAAGCUUGGGCCUACUCUGCUAAGGCCGGACGUCUUGCAACUCUGGCUGCUGCACCCUACAAGGCUAGAGACGGAUCUUGCUCUUACGACCGAGUUCACAACGGAUUCAUGGCUGCCAAAAUUACUGGAUCCAGAGUAGUAUCCAAGGGAGAGGGAAGCAUGAUCAGUGCUCUGAACUCUGGUGCUGUGUCUGUUGCUUACGAGGUCACUGAUGAGUUCUUCAAGUACCAAGAGGGAAUCAUCCGUGAUAACACUUGUAAAAGUUGGGCUAACCAUGCUGUCACAGCUGUUGGGUACACACACUCGGCAAUGAUCGUCAAGAACUCUUGGGGUGCCUGGGGAAUGAGCGGAUAUUUCUACACCGCAAGAGGACAUCACGGUUGUCAGAUCUACAACCACGGAAAUGUACCUACCUGGAAAUCAACAGGCAAGACAGACACUGAUGCUGACUACGUCCCUGUUGAAGAUGAAGACUGCAAGGGAACUAACGCUGAUGGCUGUCCCUGUGGAACAGUGAGGUGCAGCAGCGGAACCUGCAAACACGCUCACAUGUGCCACUAAAGAAUCUGAUAGAAGAAAUUCAAUGUGCCAAUGAAUUGUUUGAUGUGAAACUUUAAACUUCCCAUUAUUAAAUUUAAUAA